AUGAAUACAUUUUAUAUUCAUAUGCAUUACAAUUUGCAACUCCUAUAGAAAUAUGUAAAUCCUUUUAUUUCUUAAUACUAGUUUUCUUUUAAUUUGAGAUUGUAUCAAGUAACGUUGCAUACAACUUCUUAAGCUGUUGAGGAUGGCUAUGAAUUUUUAUGUAACGACAAUUGGUAACUAUGUUCUCAGCACCGAAUUUUUGUGGUGAUUUGA